GGAUCAGAAGAAUGGCACAAACAACGACGCGACAACCACAAGGAAGUCGAGCGCCGACGACGCGAAACCAUCAAUGCCGGGAUCAACGACCUGGCCCAGAUGAUUCCCAAUUCGGACAAGAACAAAGGCUCGAUCCUCCGACAGGCGGUCAAAUACAUCCAGGAGCUC